AAUUAACCCAACCCGCCUUUCCCAAAGCUGACCAAUUCAUUGACAACCCUGAGCUCGAGCUAUGGAAGAAAAUCCAACGAUUGGUGUAUCGCCGCAAACGAAAGCCUGCUCUCGAGCCAAAGCAUCGAGCGAAUUCAACAAUCGACUUCGAGGGGCUUGAGAAGGAAGUACAGGGCCAGGUUCGCCAGCUGAUGCUCAACCAUCAUCCGUCUCUACCAGGAAUAGCAUUCAGUACAGCACCCUAUCAGCCCUUAGAUUUAAAUGCGCUGCCAGACGAUGCCCUACUGGAGCGGGCUCAGCAGCAACAACGCUUCUUGUUGUCCACGUCAAGAAGGGAUACCUUUCGCCAGCAUACUCAAGAAGUUCCUUCCAGAACCAAUACGUCGCACGAAGAGCUUGACGGUACCGUCAAGCCGGUCAAACGUAAUCAAGUGAUUCAUGGCGGCACGAUAUCCUUUACGUUGGCGUCCCGCCCUUUCCGCUAUGAUCUUGGGAAGAUAGAAGCCAAGGUAGUCGACAAAAAGCGGACGAUUUACUGCACAAGUGCUGAUGGUGAUAUCUUCAUCCAUCAUGACCUACCCACCAAGUUCAAACGGCAUCUUACUACCGAUCACCCCCAUAUUGGCAACCCGUCCGAAGUUUACUUUUCCGACACCCUUCACGUCACCGUUAAGAGCAGGUUUGAAAAGAUAGCCAGUGGUGACGCGUAUAUUUACUACAUAUUCAAUGACCCUGAUGCCAUCCGACAGUUCCAGGAAGUAGUCAGAGAGAAGGAUCUGUUAUACACAUUCUGUGUGAGUAAAAUCGUCUCGGCUAAUGGUGAGGAAGUGUCCUUUCAGCAUUUGAAACUUUGGAGAGAUCGACAAUCACCGUCAUGCAGUCUUUCAUUUCUCAGAAAUGCAGCCACUCAUGAUCACAAAUAUGUGGAGUUCCCUCUCACAAUCCUUGAAAUUAAUUCUACAAAGCAGCCGAAAGAUAGCCGAAUCGUGCGAGUGGGUUUUCUAUCAGAAACAUCAUCGUCGCCCCCAAGGGGUCUGUCAUUGGAUUCUAUAUCAUUUGCCCGUAACAGAAGAUUAAGUGGCGCAGGCUCAGUAGCGUCAUUUAGGACAGAUGCAACCAAUGCGACUAUUAGACAAACAGAAAAGAUCAAAUCCCUCGCCGCCUCAAUGGACUUUUUGCUGAUUAAAUUCACUUAUGCGAAAGACGUAGAUACUUUCUCCAUGGCAAUGGCGUAUCUCCAAAGCGAUCCACCAUCUCCAUUCCUACAACCAACCAACACACCACCGCUUGUUCAAGGCGGCUUUCCUCAUACCUUGCAUGAGGAUGAUCUUCAUCCACCACCUAUCUUUAGCUCCUCGCCACCAUCUAUCUCCGGCCUGACUUCACAGAUAGGACCGCGACGAACAACGCAUCAAGACUAUACAGUGGGGUGGAUUGCGGCCUUGCCAAUCGAGCUGAAAGCUGCUAUUGCAAUGCUAGACGAACAUCAUGGAAGACUUCCACAGCAGCCCCAGGAUAAUAAUACAUAUGUUCUAGGGCGAAUGGCAAGCCACAAUGUCGUAAUCGCCUGUUUGCCUGCUGGAUCUCUAGGGAACAAUAGCGCGACUUCAGUGGCCACACAAAUGGGAUUCACAUUUCCAAACAUCAACAUUCGUUUAAUGGUCGGUAUUGGCGGAGGCGUACCGGGUGACAGUCACGAUAUUCGUCUAGGUGAUGUUGUCAUUAGCAAACCUGGUCUUCACGAUGGCGGGGUAGUACAGUAUGAUUUCGGAAAAACGACUGGAGAGGGGUUUGAAAAGACAGGCUCGUUACCUCCUCCACCAGCGAGGCUAUUGACUGCGAUUUCACUAUUGGAAGCAUUGCAUAAUAGUGAAAACGACCCUAUGCCGAGUCAUUUCGAAGUGUUUCAACAAAAGUCCGAUUUCCGAUACCCAGGCCCCGAGCAAGACCGACUUUUCAAGUCUGAUUACAGUCAUGUGGCAGGUGAGGCGACUUGUGCGAAAUGUGAUCGUAAUCAGCUCGUCGAUAGACUCCCUCGUGAAGGUCGGACGCGAAUUCAUUACGGCACCAUUGCCUCAGGGAAUCAAGUGAUGAAAGAUGCCAGAACGCGGGAUGCACUGCGACAAAAGUAUGGUGUACUUUGUUUUGAGAUGGAGGCGGCGGGGCUGAUGCACCUCAACACAUUUCCCUGCGUCGUGAUCCGCGGCAUUUGUGACUAUUCGGAUACGCACAAAAAUAAGCAAUGGCAGGGCUACGCUGCCGCUGUUGCAGUUGUGUACGCGAAAGAAUUACUAGAGAACAUCUCACAUGUGUAUGAGUCCGAAUCACGGGUUUUCCACGAUGACCGCAACAUAUACAGUAACUCUAUGGGAAGCAUUGCUUGA